UUUUCUCUUUUGUCGUCCACAGGUUGUGUGAGUGAUUGUUUGGGUUCAGACAAGUGCAUGUCUGUGUGUGAAUGUUUGUGCAUAUGUCAAGGUGAGAAAACGAGACAAGAAAGUGUCCAGAAAUGGCUGCAAGCAAAAGUAAAAACCAGAGUUCUCUGGCCCUGCACAAGGUGAUAAUGGUGGGCAUUGCAGGUGUAGGCAAGUCAGCACUGACCCUGCAGUUCAUGUAUGAUGAGUUUGUGGAAGACUAUGAGCCCACCAAGGCAGACAGCUACAGGAAGAAGGUGGUUCUGGAUGGGGAGGAGGUUCAGAUUGACAUUCUAGAUACAGCUGGUCAAGAGGACUAUGCUGCCAUCAGGGACAACUAUUUUCGCAGUGGGGAGGGCUUCCUGCUGGUCUUCUCCAUCACUGAGCAUGAGUCCUUCACUGCCACUGGGGAAUUCAGGGAGCAGAUCCUGCGGGUGAAGGCAGAAGAAGACAAGAUCCCUCUCCUGCUAGUUGGAAAUAAGUCUGACCUGGAGGAACGACGGCAGGUAUCUGUUGAUGAAGCCCGUGGGAAGGCAGAAGAGUGGGGUGUCCAGUAUGUGGAGACAUCAGCCAAAACCAGAGCCAAUGUAGACAAGGUUUUCUUUGACCUGAUGCGAGAAGUACGAGGCAAGAAACUGACAGAAAACAAAGACAAAAAUGGGAAAGGAAAAAACAAGAAGAAAAAGAAGAGCUUCAAAGAGAGAUGCUGUUUACUGUGAACUGCUCAUGGACCACAACACCCACAGCACACUUGAGUUGGGAGACAUGCUCAAAAGCAGCAUCUUUGCUGUUGACGUACAAAUUAAGCUUCAUCUUUAAAACAACAAAGUAAUAAUUGGGCAUAGCUUUGUGUCAGGACCGACGUCGGCCACUUUUUUGUUUUAUGAAAUGAAAGUUGGGAAGAUCAUCUCUGUUGUCAGAAUCAUAGCGUGAUUUAUAACUAAACAGCCACUGAUGCUGUUCCUCCAGCUGUCUUCUGCCAGUUAACCUCACCAUUAUAUUGCCUUUCACUUUUUGUUUUGUGUCAAACUGAAUUGUUAUCUUUGCCCAGUAAUGUGUCCUCUUACAUCCUGUAGGAGUGUUUCAUCUCAGCCUGCAGAAUACCUUACAUUUAAUUUCUCAUCUGUCACAGUUCACAGCUGUCUAAUGCUGCUUCCCUUGUUUGAAGACACUACAGGGUUUUUAUUUUAUUUUAUUUACCAUUUUUGACUUAGCCCAACAACUUUAUUUUCAGUUCAGCUAAGGCGUUUGAUUUUUCUGAAUCACAGUCAGCUCUAACAUGGCUGUUGCAUUUAUGUAAGACCUUUCAUGGUUGAAAGUAAUCAGAAAAAAUGACAACACCAAUAUUUCAAUAAAUGUUUUGUAGACUCAUCAGUACAUGUGCAGGUUGCAUGAUGAAAGCUGCAGCAUCUGGAUGCUCUUUCUAGAUGACUGGGAAAGAGUGGAUAUGGUUUGUGCUGAUGCUGCCCCCCCCCCACACACACACAAAAUGACAAUCCAUGAUGGUGAUAAAUUUACAAUUCCUACGUCUUGUGAAUUAUACUGCUGAUAUUUUCAUAAUGUGUUUGGCCAGCGUGCACUAAGACGAAAAUACUCAAGGAAUGGACUUGAAUAAAUUCAUGCUGUCGAUUAUGUGCCAACAGAAUCAUGCAAAAUUCAAGCUGUUUGUGGAUGUAAGUGCUGUUCAUUUGAUACCACAAAGGCUUUUCUGUCUCUGUGUAUGAUGCUUGCACAAGGACACCAAGUGCUCAAGUGUCUUGUCAAGUGCUGCAGUGUCGAAAUGUUUGCACCACUGCCUAAACCAUUUAUAAUGUCCUUUUUCUUCAUCCCACUGCUGUGAGAAUACUCGCUGGGGUGAGAGAGGGAAAAAGUACAAUUUGAAAUGGGAAUUAAAGGUAUCCUGCAAAAUAAAUGCUUUUCUUUUGUAAA